GUAAUCCAAUUUGCGCAUUGUUUGGGCCUGACUGCUUCCAGCUCCGGCUGUCGGUUUUGAACUGGGCCCAGGCCUAAAGAGGCCCUACUCAUCUUGCCACAAACAGAGCGCUCACAGUAUAACAAGCAACUGCGCAACAUUGAGACACAGGUUGGCCAGCCCGCGAAUUCGCCAAACCGGCAGCAUCUCGGCUUCAGUCCUGGUUGUCCCUCACUUGUCUCCUCACUUGUCGCACGUUACUAUCUAAAUCCGUUCAUUAUCUCGAAUAUAGAGGAUGGGCGCGAACCAGAGCACUGAGGAGGUGCUGGACGCCGUGAACCAGGCGGACGUCGAUAAGCUUGCGCCGACGCCUGGCCCUAGCAAGGAGGGAGGCGCCACCAAGCUCUACAAGUACAUCGUCACACCCAGCGGCGAGGGCAACUGGGAGCUGGCGAGCGCAAACGCCAAGCCACGUUUCUAUGACGCGCUGGAAGACUCGAACGCCAGCGGCAAGAAGGAUUUCUUCCUGGAGAUUGAGCAGGGCGACGUCGACGUGCACGUAGAUGCGGAGCUCAACUACGUUCUUGACGUGAAGCAGCGCCGCAUCACCUUUCACGCCAACGGCACCAUCUACGCGCUGCGCUUCCCGCACGACACGGCCUGCCGCGCCUUCGGCGAGCAGCUCAACGACGCGCUGUUCUACAACCAGUACGGAGUGGAGAACGACGACGACAGCCGCGCCAAGCUGUUUGAGGACAACGCCGGCACACUGUUCAGCAAGAACACGGAUCGCAUGUUUGAGCCCAUGGAGACGGACGACGCGGGCGACGAGGCGGGCGCGGAGGCGGCCACGCCGGAGACGAUGACGGAGCGUCGCGCCAAAGACACGGAGAAGGAUGAGGACGCCAUCAACGGCAUCAUCAUGGGCGCAGGCGAGAACAAUUUCCUCAUGCGGGGCCGCCGCUUUGACGUGCUUCGCAACCUGGAGGGCGGCGGCGUGGAGGACAAGGGCGUCAGCUUCAGCCUCACGCCUCUGGCCGGCGGCGCCGCCACGCCCUCGCUCAGCACGCGCAAGACCCGCGGCACGGCGGCGGCGGCAGAGGCCGACGCGCUCGGGGCGGGCUUCACGCCCUCCAAGGUGCUCCUGACGCACGGCGAGCGGCGCAUGAACCUGCUGACGCCCGACAACCGGCAUGUGCUCCACCACGCCGACAUUGAGGCGGGCAAGAUCGUGAGCACCUUUGCUUUCCAGAAGGACACCGUGGACAUCCCCAUUGUGGAGAUCGCGUCGGACUACAAGGCCGCGCAGAUGGAGGAGCACUCGCAGUUCCUGGGACUGGACCAGAACCGCCUGUGCAGGUGGGACAUCCGCGACCGGCGCGGUGUGGUGCAGGAGAUGCCCACUGCGCUGGACUACGUGGGCGGCAAAGACUACAGCCGCGGCACCAACUUCACGUGCAUGGCCACCAGCGGCGACGGCUUCGUGGCGGUGGGCGCCAAGGACGGCCGCAUCCGCCUCUACAACAGCAAGACGCUCACGCAGGCCAAGACCUCCAUUCCCGGCCUGGGCGCGCCCAUCACCGCCGUGGACGUCACGUACGACGGCAAGUGGGUGCUGGCCACCACCGACCACUACCUGAUGCUGGUCAAGACCACCUACGUGGACGACAAGGGCCGCAACUCCAACGGCUUCGAGAGCCGCAUGGGCGGCCGCGGCGCGGUGCCGCGGCUGCUGCGGCUCAAGCCCGAGGACGGCCUCCGCACGAAGGGCGCCAAGUUCAGCAAGGGCAAGUUCACCUGGAUCACGGAGGGCGGCCAGUCGGAGCGCUGGGUGGUGGCCAGCUGCGGCCGCUUCAGCGUCACUUGGAACUUCGCCAAGAUCCGGACCUCCACCACCGAGUCCAUUGGCUACGGCGGCCUGCCCACCAGCAUGGACUACGUGCUGCGCUCCAAAGAGGAGGAGGUGGUGGACGUGGCGUUCGUGCACCAGAAGUACAUGCGCGACGUGGAGCAGGCGGCCAUGGUGGUGGCCACGCCGCACAGCCUGUUCAAUCUGGCGUAAGGGGGGGGGGGGCGAGCGAGGCGGCGGCUAGGACUGGUGGGGCGCGGGCUAGGGCUGGUUGGAGCUUGAUGGGGCUCGGUUGGAGCAGGGAAGCAGGAGGUGUGAGGCUAUGGCUGUGAAGGCUUGGUACAUGCAUCGCUGGCUUAAAGCGGGCGCUGAUUAGCAAUGGAGCACGCGUAAUUUCCAGAGUGAUUGCAGAGCUUUCGCGGGAUGACGUGGGCGCUGGCGGCGUAAUGCGCCUGGGAGGCAGCGGGCUGCGCACCUGCUACCGAAUUUGCGGUGACGGCACAGCACACUGACACAUACACGCAGUGUCUUGGACGAAUAAGCACCACUGGGGGCCACUGCGUCCUGGUAUCAUGGGCAGGUGUGGGUGCGCGGGUUUGAACCUUGGGACCAGCGGCGGGCCGUGGCCGCGCGGAACGUCAUGUGCAGGAGGAUGUUCUUCCGGGAACGUGCGGGGUAUGCCUGGUUGACGGCUUCAGUGGCCAUCACAGUGAAGCAGUCGUGUUUACAGUUGUGCAACGCUGCGUGCUGCUGUUGUUGUACAAGGAGAGGGUGCAUGGGUGCGACAGUACUGCGGGCAAUCCUGACCAACAACCGCACACAAUUGCUAUUGUAAAAUGCUCUGGAG